UGCUGUACUAUAGAGCAUGGAGGGGGACACGCUGGAUCUCUUAGCAGCAGCUUGGGAUUGGAUCCAAUUCUAAAAUCUGCUCUGACAACAAACUGCCUUCUCAGCUCAACUGGUCCAGCAGCAGAAUUCAACUUGUCUGGGAUGGAUCCGCUGCCAAAAACCCAGAGUGGAGCACUACACGUUUAAGCCGAGUCGCACAGCAGCAACUGACCACUACUUCAGUGAUGAAAUGAGUGUGCUUUUUUUCUGACAUCGGGACAAUCCUGCUCUGAAAGCAGUGAAGAGGACUAGUUGGCAUUUGAGAGGGCUGUGAGCUAACGCUGCCACUGUAGUAACCCUGGGACCAAAUGCUGUUUCUAAUGCCAUUUCACAUUGAAAAAGCCAGGAUGCUAUUAAAGCUUUCAUCAUCUAGAACUGUGAACUGGACUAAAUGAAGAGGUUGAAAACGGUUUCGAUCACAGAAAUUUGCCUAAAAUUUCAAAGAUAAGGACCAAAUCAAACCCAGAUUGGUGAAAAAAAUGAGGACUAGCUCGAGAAAACGUGGUAGAAAACUGGACAAAAUAUGUCAAAUGAAGUCUAAUCCAAUGGAUUCGAGGAUCGGCAUGGCUUGUUUGAGAUUCAAGAAACACGAUCUGAGUUGCCCAAAGGAAGAUGUACACGAAUAAUGAAGCUUAAUCCAACUCAAGGAUUACAAAUUCACACAUUGAAGACUUGGUGCUCUGCGUCCACGGUGCUGACUGUGACUCUUGAGUAGUUGACUUAAUGUGCAGAAGUGUGUUUUCCAUUGAUUUACCCUCGAUUGUUGCUUCUGGCCACGAUGCAUCGAGAAGAGAUUGCGCGGAGGUGACCGGAGAUCUCAGUUGUGGGGUCUGAAGCCUUGCGUGUGUGUUUAGUGUGUGUUCGCUGCACAGACUGUACAUGUGUGGAGGUGCUAUGCUGAGGGUGUCAGGCGUCGCACCAGCUCCGUCGGGCCACGAGUGGCGAUUUCAGUGUUCUGUCGGCGUGGACUGCAGCGACGCCGAACCUCGCUGUAUCUGGCUGGCGGUUUUAAGGGGUGUUUCGCCUCACAGCUCACCCCGCCCGACCCCCAUCGCGUCACCGAGAAGACGGGGCUCCCGGAGGGUCAUCCAGCGCCAUCGCUUGUCCUGGGCUAAAGGACGGAGAGAUGGCAUGGUGUCGUCCAACGAGAACAGGCGCCGGCCGCUGUCGUCGGGCGAGGUGGAGGGCGUGUCGUGGCAGGGCCCGCGGACCAUUUAUGUCCCAAAGAACUCGCAGGGAUUCGGCUUCACUCUGCGCCACUUCAUCGUCUACCCACCAGAGUCCUCCCUCCACAGCCUCAAGGAUGAAGAGAACGGAAAUGCAACUGGAAAAGCAGGAGGUCAGCGGUCUCGUUUGGAGCCAAUGGACACCAUCUUUGUGAAGAAUGUCAAAGACAAUGGCCCCGCGCAACAAGCCGGACUGUGUACAGGGGACAGGCUGGUGAAGGUGAAUGGGGAGAGCAUUCUGGGUAAAACCUACUCUCAGGUGAUCACACUCAUCCAAAACAGUGAAAACAUUCUGGAGCUCUCUAUUAUGCCCAAAGAUGAGGAUGUGUUGCAGUUGGUAAGUGCGUACUCCCAGGAUGCCUACCUGAAAGGCAAUGAGCCAUAUUCAGGCGUGGCCCAGAACCUCCCUGUGCCGCCGCCUCUCUGUUACCCUCCCAGCAAGCCCAGCCCGACCUCCCCGCAGCCCAGUCACAACCUCCACAGUCCCCUGGACAACUGGCAGUGCCGUCCCGGCCCCGCCGCCUCUCCUCUGGACAACCGCCCCCCUGCUGCUUCUACCCCGACCUCCGGCUGGCCCGGGGGUCCCGAGGAUUCCGCCGACCACAUUGCCCCGCCGGGGCGGCACAGAGGCCGCUCCUCUUCGGCCAUCAGCGUACUGGACUUUCACUUUGCUAACCACAAUGCUGCCAUCGCCUCUGCUACUCUGCCUCCGCCGCGGAAGAGCAGCCUGCAGGCCUCUGCCCGCACUCGCGCCGACACUCUCUGCCACCAGGCUCUGUCGGACUGGUACUACAGCCAGGCUGAGGCCGCAGAGAGCAUGUCCCCCCGCCACCGCAGUAUAUCUCAGGACUGUUUAGCGGAGCUGGGGCUGGGGUUGGCUCUCGGCCCCGGGCCUACACCUGCUUCCACGACCUCUGCGGAGCAACGCAGAAGAGAAACCCUCCUGUGCCACCACCAGGCAGCUGCUGCUUCCCAUGAUUCCUAUUGGCUAGGGGGCUGGGGCGGUGUAUCAGGACCAGGGAGCAGGUCAUGCUCAGAGAGCCUCCUGGCAGCCUACGCCGAGUACGAGCACAACUACGGGCGUUCUGUGGAAACACUGGCACAAGCCUCCGCGCUGGUGUCACCGCACUACGAAGACUCACCACACGGCUCCCAAAUGGCCAAACUCAGAGAGCAGAAGGAGCAGAAAGUCUCAGCAGGUCAUCAGCACAAAACCACAGUGAUAUACCCCAUCACAGCCUCCUCCACAGUGCCUCCUAGUGGCAGGCAGUCGGGUCAGCAGGUAGCUGAACCCCAAACAAGGCGAGUAAAAGAAGAAGAAGAGCUGGUGGGCUACAAAAGCUACAGCCCUUCUUUCUCCCGCAAAGCUGGCCACCUCCUCCAGCAGGCCCACUCCUUCAGAGAGCCCAGCUACAGCGGCCCUCACCUCAACUGGAGCCCCGGCAGCAGAGGCAGCCCUGCAGACGGCAGCGAGGACAGGGUGGUGGCACCCAGGCCCCAGUCUACCCCCGCCAUGUCUGCGUCAGAGGAGGAGAGAGCCCGGCUGGGCGAGGACAGGGGUCAGGAGGACGCCUCCCCCAUCUCCCUGCAUCAAGAGGUGGUCCUGAGGCAGAAGCCGCCGUCCGGCCGCCGAACCCCCGUUCAGGCCGCUCGACAUCCUCACUACGCCACGCCUGUGGAGUCGCCCGAGUCGCCUGGUUUGGAACCUCCGCGAGGGACCCCCUCUCCUGUCUCUGGGGGGCCCGGCCCCAACCGCAGGGCUAAUGGUAGCCUGGCACAGCAUGCAUACAACUCCCUGUCCUCUAUUCCCUUCAUAGAUGACCCCAUCAGUCCUAGCACUGACCUACAGGCCUGCUAUGUACCAGCCCACUCUGUUGUGUCCAGUUCCCAGGCCUCCACUAUGGCCUCCCCCACUACCACCUCUGUCUCCCCCACCCUGUCCUCCGUCUCCCCCUUUGUCCGACUACGUGCUCAGGACUUCAGCAGUAUUAAAGGCCGCCGCUCCUCUUACUUGCUGGCCAUCACCACUGAGAGAUCAAAGUCCUGUGACGAGGGUCUCAACACCUUCAGGGAAGAAGGCCGCGUCUUCUCCAAACUACCAAAAAGAGUCAAGAGCUUUUUCACUGACGGGUCUCUGGAGAGCCUGCGAGCCCAGGAGGAGGCGCGGUCCAAACGCCACUCCACCUCCGAACUGGGAACCAUCACCUUUAGCGAUGUUCGCAAGGAGGGCUGGCUGCACUACAAACAGAUCCUCACAGAGAAGGGAAAGAAAGUAGGAGGCGGCAUGCGGCCGUGGAAACGCGUCUUCUCCGUGUUCCGUUCCCAUUCGCUCUUCCUCUACAAGGACAAGCGAGAGGCCGUCCUUCACGGGGCUGGUGCGGGGACCAGCCAGGAAGAACACCCUCCAAUCAGCAUCCGCGGCUGCCUGAUCGACAUCGCCUACAGCGAAACCAAGCGCAAGCACACCUUGAGGCUGACCACGCAGGACUUCUGCGAGUACCUGCUUCAGGCCGAGGACAGGGACGACAUGCUGGCCUGGAUCAGGGUCAUCAGGGAGAACAGCAAGACCGACAACGAGGAGAUUGGUUUCUCAAGACAAGCUCUCAUCAACAAGAAGCUGAAUGACUACAGAAAACACAGUCUGACAGGUAGUAAGCCCGACUCCUCUCCCAGAGCCCACCGUAUGAUGCCUCCCUUCCUCCUGGCGAAGACUGACAACACCUCAGUGAACCGAGCCUCCAGAACCGAUGACAACAAGGCGCUGUGGGGCAUCAACAUCAUGAAGAAGGCCAAGAAGACGGGCAGUCCGAAGGCUUUUGGCGUGCGACUGGAGGACUGUCAGCCUGCUGUCAACAAUAAAUUUGUCCCUCUGAUUGUGGAGAUGUGCUGCGGUGUGGUGGAGGAGACGGGUUUGGAUUACACCGGUAUCUACCGGGUGCCGGGGAACAACGCCAUGGUGUCGAACCUGCAGGAGCAUCUCAACAAGGGCCUGGACAUCAACACUGCUGAGGAGAGAUGGCAGGACCUGAAUGUAAUCAGCAGCCUGCUCAAAUCGUUCUUCCGAAAGCUCCCCGAGCCGCUGUUUACUGACGACAAAUACAACGAUUUCAUUGAUGCCAACCGGAUAGAAGACGCAGAGGACAGACUGAAGACCAUGAAGAAACUGCUCCAUGACCUCCCAGAUUACUAUCAUCACACCCUUAAGUACCUGGUGGGUCACCUCAAGAAGGUGGCCGAUCACGCUGAAAAGAAUAAGAUGGAGCCGAGGAACCUGGCUCUGGUGUUCGGUCCCACUCUGGUGAGGACGUCGGAGGACAAUAUGACCGACAUGGUCACCCACAUGCCUGACCGCUACAAAAUAGUGGAGACACUGAUCCUGCACCACGACUGGUUCUUCAUUAACGGAGAGUUUGAUAAGGAAGAGAAGGCCCCAGCGGAUAAGCGGGACAUGCAGCCUGUGCCCAACAUUGACCAUCUGCUGUCCAACAUCGGCAGGGCGGGCAUGCCAGGGGAGGCAUCAGAUUCCACCACCAGCGAUUCUCUUAAGUCAAAGCUUUCUUCGCUCACCAAGAAGGACCUGAACGCCAGGGACUUCCUGCCCAUGUCCAUCAUCUCUGCUGUGACCCGCAAACGUAAAAAAUGCCUCAGCACCCACCUGCAGGACGACAGCAGCGCCGACGAGGACUCCGAGCACGAGCCGGUCAAAACCAGCAACUACGGGGGAGGAGAAGGAGGGGGAGGGGAGGAGGAGGAAGAGGAUAGAGGAGAGGAAGAGGCCGUUAAGGGAGAACAUACCGUUCCUAAAAAAGAAAAAAGGGAUGGAAGGGAAACUGGGGUGAAAGCUAGAGAGACCACUGAGGGACAAGAUUCAUUGGCUGGGGAGCAAGAGGCUGAAAAGGACGUUGGGAACGGAACAGGCAGCGGUGCGAAUCAUUUCGAAAAGGAGAGCAGGCGAAGGAAGACCUUGCCGGGAACCACGCCGCAACCUCGUCCAAACAGUUUCCACGGCUCACACCAUCAGAUCCAUGCCACAUACCCAAGACCCCCAGCGGUGUCUAAUCCUUCCCAUUUGAGGCCUCACAAUCCGGCCAGAGGACACCCCAUAGUCCCUUUCUGGAUCUGCCCCACCAGGCCUCCCACCCUCUACCAGGCCUCCAGCUUUUACGGGACCCAGCAGAACCCAGACUGGAACCAGUCAGCGCCAGUCCGCUACAGGAAGACGAGAGGUGGGAGGACAAGGGCGGUUUCCAUGAAUCUGGACCUUGAGCUGGGCAGGAGCGAGGAUGUCAGAGUCAGAGGACGGAGAGCAGAGAGGGUGGAGGUGAUCAGAGUCAUUGAGGGAACGCCAGGUCAGCGCGGAUGUGUUGGGGUUCCUCAGGGAUCAGUUGUAGGUCCUGGGUCAAUUCAGCAAAUAGAUCCCCUCCCUCGCCUUGCCCAGGAGUCUCUCCCCUCCUCUUCCUCGGGAUGGAUCGAUCAGACCUCCCCAGGAUCUCACACAGUGGUCCUGAGGAGAUCGGCCCUGGACCCUCGGGACAAGACGAGAGCGUGGCGUCGUCACACGGUGGUAGUUUAACCUCACCGUUUUCAUCUACUAACGCAGUACCAAGCACUUACUCACAAACACUAGAUCGACCUGUGUCGCUGCUUCUAAAGCCAAGUGUCCGUUAUGUCGCUUUAGGGAUCUCCGUUGUCUCAAGAUUAUUCCCUCUUUGGCUUUUCAUUGGCACUGAAGUUGGAGACGUGAUUCCGUGGUUAAAGGAGUUCUUUGACAUUGUGUGCAGCUGUAGAGUUUCAUUCCAAAAUGAGAGAUCCUCCAUUUGAAAAAAAUGCGAAACUCACUCGGAAAUUAACAUACAAAUUCUACGAUUCAACUACUUUUGAAGCUAUUCAUCUUUAAUCCUUUACUUAUAAUAUACCUGUAGAUGUAAUUAUCCAUGUCAUUAUAUAUGUUAGAAAAGAACAUUCGGGCUGAACACGGAAAAUUGAGAUCCUGGUAUUUCCGGGAAAUUCUCAACAAAAUCUGAUGAAUUUUUUUUCAGGAAAAAUACCUGUGGGGAUCCUGUGAUGUUCACAUACUACGCUUCCACACAUCUAGAUAUAGUCCGACCUUGAACUGCCGUUAUUAACCAGAAAGUGGCACGGUGAAGUUCAUCCAUGAGUCCUUGUGAAAAUAAGUGGUGCUCGAAGUUUGGCGAGAUGGUGUGUACUCGCAAGGGCUAGUUGAUUUACUGCAGCUGACAAGCUAACAUGCUAACACGCUUUCACGACAUAGCAUCAGGCGAAUUUUGUCGCUCGAGUUGAAAUAUUGCCACUCCCGCGAAUACACGAAUUUCGCAUCGCGUCAUUUACGUCUAUUCGCCUCUUUGCAUUGACUUACGUAAUCGCGCCGCACUAAAAGUUCGCUUCGCUCUUGGUGUAAACAAGUAGUAAUAAACUACAGUAGCUUCCACUGUUCUGGAUUUCCCUCCAGCUCUCCAUUCCCUCAAAGGUCAGCACUGUUAAGACGGUUUGCUAUCGGUCAGCGGUGCAAAUUCAAGUAUAGAAGUUUCAGGUAUUUACUUCACCCCCCCAUCGAUCACAACAAUUCCAUUGAAAUGAAUCGAUUUUGCUGCACAUUUCUUUUUAUGUCGGUAUGACCGGACCUUUAUGGCAGUAUAACUGGAUACACCUGGAGGUUUUUUUUUCAUGCUAAUAUGACAAUUCACUGUGUGUAUUCAGCUGUGUGGCAAAAUCUAUAUUUUUUUAGAUUAAGUGAACGAAGCAGAGUGCAAAAUCUGUAAGUGAAAAUGAUGCCAUAAUCCGUCACGCAGACCUCAAUAUCAAAAAAAGAGAAGUACGGAAAAGUAAAAGGCUUUGAACGCAACUAAAUGUCCAAGAACAAUGUUCCUGUUCCUUAAACCAGUGGUUCCCAAACUUCUUCACGUCAAGGACCACUAAAUUGACACAAAUUAGACCCCAUUUUUUAACAUUUUUGCUUUUAGAUAUUUUAUUACAGAAACUGCAUGAAACCCGUGAAUAAAACAGUCAUCAGUCUGUCAUUGUGUUAGUUAUGGAUGGAGUUAUAGUGAAAAUAAAUGAUUCUCCUUUUUGCUUUUAUUCCUCCUGUGGGUCCCCCGGAUCCCACGUUGAAAACCACUGCCUUAAACCACCAAGACAACAAGCUGAAAUAGCUGCAUGUGAGGGAUUUUCUUUUCAAGUUUUUGAUAUAUUGAUAUAUUCCCGGGAAGUAAUCCUUUCUAAAAUGACAAGAAAACCUUCCCCCCCUAAUGAACAUCCAUUAACCAUGUGAUUAUAGGCGUCUUUCAAACCAUUCUGAUGAAGUUGUUUGUAGACAAUAGAGUGCUGCAGGGAUGAUGUGUAUUUUUGUCGGCCAACCAGGAAGUUAGCAUCGCCCUGGAUUCCCGCGACAAAAAAGCCAAUUUCUGAUACUUACACGUUUUGUUCAGCAAGAUAAUAUCCACAAAUGAACACCACUUUUAUGAUUUUUGAAGCGUGGAC